AUAGCCAAGAGUACUGUCAGCCCGGCACUGAAAAUCGGCCUUCGGUUGCUUGGUGUGUGGCCGGGUGUGUCGCAUGCCAUCGUUUAUUGGCUGAUUUUUAUGUCGAGUAUACUUAUCAUACAGUACUUUCAGUAUCUCUACAUAUUUGAGCACUUCAAGAUCAGCGAGCUCUCGAAUCUUGUCGAUGGAUUGUCCUUGACUUUAGAUUACAGUUUGACGUUUCUCAAAUUGGCCAGUCUAUGGAUACAUCGUCGAGUUUUUCAUAAAAUUCUGGCCGCUAUGGAAAACGAUUGGCGUGAGUGCGUCAUCGACCAGCACUUGAGUUUGAUGACGAUUAAGGCCAGUGUAUCACACUUUUAUUCUAACGCUAUGUUAAGCUUCAACGGAAUUGCUGCAGUACUUUACGUUUUGGGCGAUUAUGUAAUUCGUUUCGUAUAUUCAGCCAACAAUUACAAUAAUACCUUGCGGCAGCUUCCUAUCAAGAUGUUACUUCCCUUCGAAACUGAGCAAUCGCCGAUUUUCGAGCUAUUGGUCGUAACUCUAUUUCUACAUGUAAUAUUAAUCUCGUUUACAGUCGCGGUCCUAAACGGAUUAAUUUUUACUUUGGUGCUUCACGUAAGCGGGCAAAUUGAUAUAAUAUGUCAAGAAUUCAGAAAUAUUUCUGUGAACGCUUUUCCCUAUCGAUCUUCCGCAUGUAUAUUAGGAAUGCUGGUCGAAAGGCACAACAAAGUCUAUGCAUUUUCCGAAAGCAUCGAGAAACUUUUCUCUUUUAUUGCAUUAAUGCAAGUUGUUUGGAAUACUUUGGUCAUUUGUUGCCUAGGAUUCAUUAUCAUAAUUUCUGUUCACAAUGAAACCGAUGUCUUCGUAUUUGUAAAGGCCACCUUGGCUUACUUCGCUGUAAUGAUAGAAGCCUUUAUCAUAUGCUUUGCGGGAGAAUAUCUUAGUCUUAAGAGUAAAUCGAUCGCUGAUGCAGCGUACGAAUCGUUGUGGUAUGAUAUGCCGCCAAAUCAGAGUAAAACUAUAUCGUUCAUGAUAAUGAGAUCCCAGAAACAAUUAUCGAUUACUGCGGGAAAAAUGAUGGAUAUGUCAUUCGAAGCCUUAACAAGUAUCAUGAAGGCAUCGGCGUCAUAUGUAUCUGUCUUGCAUGCGAUGUAUUGAUACCAAGAGAAAUGCAAUAGUGAUUUGUGAAAAUUAUAAUUAAAUUAGUGUAAAGAUAAUUUAUAAACUAUUAAC